GCAAAAUGGCGGCUGUCGUGGAUGCCAAAGAACCGGUGUGUUAUGAUGUUGUGGCCGUGUUACCAGCUGGUGGAUCCGGAGUGAGAAUGAACUUGAGACUCCCUAAGCAGCCCAAGAAGCUGACAAUGAUGAGCUUUACAUAAGUAGAACAUAUGAAGCAGUGGUCUUUGAGAUGAAAUAUCUAAUGAAUGAGUUUUGUGAAAUUAAAGAAAGGCCAUUGAUCAGUUACACCUUGGCAGCAUUUGAAAGUGUGUCAUGGAUCAGGGAAGUUGUUGUUCCCAUCAAUGUAAACUUCAUAGAGGAAGCACAGCAGAUUUUGAAAGACUUUAAUCACAGUAAAGUCAGAUUAGUUUAUGGAGGGUCCACAAGACACAGAUCAUUAUGGAAUGGUAUUCAAGCAAUCACUGCAGAUGGAAGAGGUUCACCAACAGUAGUCAUUCUUCAUGAUGCUGUAAGGCCAUUUGUUGAUGAACAAACUCUAAGGAAUGUGACCAUGGCUGCUAAAAAGCAUGGGGCAGCUGGGAUGAUCAGACCACUUUCAUCUACAGUUGUUGCUCAGUUGUGUGACGGGUUCCUAGAUCAUUCACUUGACAGGUCAAAGUUCAGGGCAAGUGAAAUGCCACAAGCUUUCAAAUAUGAAGUCAUUCAGAAAGCCUACAUGAAGUGCACAGAAUAUGACUUUGAUUAUGGCACAGAGUGUUUACACCUGGCUCAAAAGUAUGCUGAUACAAAUGCUCUGUUGAUUGAUGGACCUGAGUUUCUUUGGAAGGUUACCCACAGAAAGGAUUUGUAUUCUGCCGAAGGAGUCUUGAAAGAAAAGCAACAGCAAGUGCUGUUGGUGAUUAAUGGAACAGACUUCCCAGAGUUCGCAGGAAAGCUGCAUGAACAGUUGCAAGAGAGAGAUGAAAUGGUCACGUAUCUUCCUGACAUAUCUUCAGAUGGACAUCUAUCACAAGAUACUGCGCAGUGUUUGGCAUCCCAAAUUAACUUGAAACAGAUAGCUCCCGGUUGUUGUGUAUCUGUUGUUUAUGUGACGCAGAGCACACACUCAGAUGAACAAGCAGUUUGCAAGGGCCACAACACAACAGUUAUCCAGUCAUUUCUCAGAUCAUUCUGCGAGACGCUCGACUCCUGUUUGUUAAAAAGUGUAAAACUGGUGAAUGUUGGAUUUCGUCGCGGUAUUGAGGAUUUUAAUACAUUUAAGUGUCCUUGGUUGGUAGCCGAAAGUUAUGAAGUGGUGAGAGAAUUGGAUGUUAAUCAACUCGAUCAGAACGCAUGUCUAUUUCGUCCACAGGCAGCUAUAAAAGAUCUCCAGUCCUGUUUACAGCAACAAGGCGUGAAUUGUUUCGGUGUGCUUGUUCCCGCUAACAGUGCAAACGAACCCGAAGAUAAAGACGCUGAUAUCAAGAGAAUUGUGAAAGCUGCUGAGCUGACAGUGGGCGCAUUAUUGGACGUACCGUCAUUAUUUGGUGGACAAGUAUUCGACGCAAACGCGUGACUCGUGUGGAGUAGAGAGGCAUGCUUGUUAUGGUUCAAAGGGCUGGUGAAUACAGAUACAAUUCAGAGCCAACAAGACUUCUAAUUCCCUGAUUCAAAGCAGAUAGGAUCAUAGUGGUGAACACUUUGGGGUUAAGAAGCCUUGAAUGUCCUGAAAAAC